UACAAAUCCUAUCCCUGCACAACCCCCUCUCAUUUUCCCCCUCUCCUCCUGAGCCAAACAAUUCCCUAUCCCCUCAUCUCACUGCAGCUUUCCACUAUACUACCACCACCACUGAGCUGCCACUACUCAUCCAGCUAACUAGGAGAAGGAAAAAAGAAGAACACAGAUACUUUGGUAACAAGCAAGAAAUUGGCACAGAAAUGGCUCUGAGGCUGUGGGCUAGCUCAGCUGCCAAUGCCCUCAAGAUCUCAUGCAGUGGAGCCACCAGGGCUGCACCUGCCUACUCAAUCUCCAGAUACUUCUCCACUGUUCUUGAUGGGUUGAAGUACAGCUCCUCUCAUGAGUGGGUCAAGAAUGAUGGCUCUGUGGCCACAAUUGGAAUUACAGACCAUGCUCAGGGCCAUCUGGGAGAGGUGGUGUUCGUGGAGCUGCCGGAGGCGGGGGCGAAGGUGAGCCAGGGAGGUGCAUUCGGCAACGUGGAGAGUGUGAAGGCCACCAGCGACAUCAACUCCCCCAUCUCCGGUGAGGUCGUCGAGGUUAACGACAAGCUCUCUGAGACACCCGGCCUGAUUAACUCAAGCCCGUACGAGGACGGGUGGAUGAUCAAGGUGAAGCCGAGCAGCCCGUCGGAGCUGGACGCCCUGCUGGACCCGGCCAAGUACACCAAGCACUGCGAGGAGGAAGACGCUCACUAGGCUCUUCCUCUCUGUUUUUUUUCUUCCCAUUUUGUCACUCCGACCUAAUUUCUCCCUGUUGCAACAACUGCUCUGUAUCCGUAUACGAUUAAUAACUGAAUCUUCAGGCUUUGCCAUGUGUUCAGUUGGUUCUCUGAACUUCUGGUGGGUCUAUCUAUUUAUCUAUGCUUAAUUAGUCA